AAUAAUCGUUAUGAAACGUACAUUUCCUAUAUUGCCGUGAUUGGUGCUUGACAUCUCGACUGACUAGCCGAAAUUCUAAAAAAUCAAAAAACUUAUUCCGAAACAUGCCUGCGAUCAGUAAAGAAUUAUUUUAUGAAAAAGUGACAGAUGAUACAUCGUGUAAUGUGAUACAUUAUUGGGAGAAAGAUUGUCUUAAGAAGAACUUUUCAUGGUACUUCAUAAAAAACCUUAUCUUAGGAAGUGGUAAGUUCUUCUUACCAGUAUACAUAUUAAAGCUGGCUUUGAACUACAAAAAGGCUAAGGAUAAAAAAUUUCUGUUGAGUCUAAUUCUAUCAGAGGCAAGGUCCAUAAUAUAUGGUAUAGCAAUGGGAGAGAUGAUAGUUGCAACCAUGUGUUUUAACAGGGCAAUACUGGGGAGGCUUCACUACUACCCAAUACUAUUUAUUCCAGGGGCAAUAUCAGGGUUAUCAGUACUGAUAGAGUCGAAAGAAAAUCAAAUAUUGGAUGCAUUAAUAUUUUUCAAUUCGUUAGUAGAAACCGUUCUCAACAAACUUCAGUUGUCUGUGAAGAUGGAAACGUUUGCAUUCAUGUUAGUCAGUGGAGCUUUGAUGAGCAUCUUAGAAAAUAGAAAGAAAGAUAUUAAGUUUAUGUACUUAUGGUUUUACACUCCUCAAAGAAUCCAACAGGCGGAUGAUAAACAAAAUAGGAGCUGCAUUCACAAGGAAUCAUGCUUCGAAUACGUCUAUAAGGGAUUCGGCAAGUAUUUUGCCUUAGGAUAUGCGGUAAAUAUUGUUAGAUCAGUACUACCAAGGAUGGGUAGAAUGGUACAAAAACCAUCACUGUUGGUGAGACUAUUACUGAACAAGUCAAACUUUUUGUUUGGAUUAUUGAUUGGAAGUUAUACUGGAUUGUACAAGCUGAUUUCCUGUUAUCUUAAUAAAACAUCUGUAGUUAAAAAAGAAUUUCGGGGCCUUAUUUCAGGCUUUUUGUCAGGAGCUGCAUAUGCGAUAUAUCCCAGUGUUCAAGUCUUUGUGAUUGCCAUCACAACUCUUCUUCAGUCCAAUUGCCUGAGAAAAAUAUUUCUGGACACCCAUGUCUGAGAAACGGAUACUCAAAUCCACGAGUCUUCGAGCCGAUGCACCAGCGGUCGACGCAAACCUGGCUACUCAGUCACAUCCUCGUUCCGACAGGUUUACCUCUUUUCUUUAUUGAGAUAUAUCUUCUCCCAAGCAAAGGAUCUACCGACCGCUUUGAUAGACAAUGGCGAUGAAGUUUUGAAGAGGUUUAUAUCACUUUCCGUCAAGGUUGUUACGGUAACACGAAAUAAUGUCUAUUAACUCUUUUGAAAAUGAAAGUCCUUUUAUUUUUAGCUCAUUUACGACCACAUAGCGAUUACUCUGAAAAUAACAGACAGCUUUUGGCAAAGGCAACUUCUAUUUAUGUUCUGCCAUGGGUAUCUGCUCCACAACAAGAUGUUUUUCUCCGAGACUUGCUCUCCGUAUUACAGCAAAAUGAUCGACGCUUGCACGAACAACCUAUCGUAUCACAUGUAUAGGAAGCUUCUAAAGGAGUACUUUGGAAUUGUUGUUUGAUAUAAAGUAAAAUUGGGGUUAGAGUGUUCCGAAAAUAAACAUGGUACUUACUACUGGAACUUUUUUCAGGCCAUCUUUCCACCUAGUUCCUCUAGCGAACAGUAGAAAUCGAACAUCUCAUUGAUACCUACUAGUGAAUAAUCAUUACCAAAGUGCUGGAUCCUUCACUGUCAACUGAAAUAGCUUCAUGUCUCAUUACCUACGCCAAUGGCAGGCAACAAUGUAUUAUUUCAAAAUAAAGAUCACGUUGAGGAAUGGCCCAUUGCUUCCGAAGAUGAAAGUAAGAGCAAACACAUUGCAUAACUAGGACACUGCUAUACUGGCGUUUCCUCUGUCUUUUAUAUUGCGAACUAAUGAGUUGUGAGUUGAGCUAUUCAACUGUUAUUAUCACUUGCGACAUUUACUAACAGCGUUUGGGGACCACUACUUGUAUACGCAUCUGUAGCUGUACCCUCAUCAGAUAUCGGUUGAAAUUUGCAUAAACACCAACCGAUAGUCCGACGGACAAAAGAGAGAUUGAACUUGUAAGUUGCAAAGCUCCACCGAGUUAGAGUGAGAAUCAGAAAUGGGUCGAUUACCGAAAGACCUUCGAUGUGAAGGAAGCUUAGAACCGCCAGUUUUGUUACCAGAGUAGUUGGAAUAACAGC